UGCAUUUCAUCUUCUACACCAAAUUGCAACACCAUUGCAUUUCAUAGUAAUAAAUUACUCUUACAAUUUUUGAAAGGAUACAAUACUAUAUUUCUGUCCCAGUUUGGUCUUAACUCUCUCUAUUCCUCAAACCAACAAAUUUCACCUCUUCUCUUCUUCUUUUCUCCAAAACCAUUUUUCCACUCUUUUCAUUCUCCCAGACCUUAAAACCUUUGGGUUGUCCAACCGUGGCUAGUUUCAUGUUUUCUUUUCAUACUUGUGGAUUCUGUUAUCACUCAAAUGUAAGAGGAGAUUGUCGCAAAGGUAAAAACUGAUGCUGAGUUUUCAGUGACUCGGAGAACUACAAGACCUCUCUACCUUUAGUCAUAUCAAAUAGUGAUUCAAACUCUUGAUAUAUGAAGGACAUGCCACUGUUUAUGUAGUGGAAUCUUUUGGCAGGGCUUCCUCUGGAGGAUCAUCAAAAGCAAAGCCAACUAGUUGAAGCCAAAUUUUUUGACUUGUAAAGAAUAAUUUGAAGACUCCACAACAUAGCUAGUGUAUGCAACUGUUCUCGUGCAAUGAAUUAUCUCAUAGGCCUUCCCCAGCAGUGCUUUUAACCCUGUAGAAUUUCUGAAACUUGAGAUGCACAGUAUGGUAAACUUGGGGAUGCAACGUCUUGCUUUCUGAACCAAAAAGGAACAUCUGGGUUUGAAAGUUAUUGAGUGACAUCUGUUGAGCAAGACAGUUUUUGUGGGAUUGCUGGCCCUGAUGAAUCGAGAACAGCAAAAGCGAGGGAAACAAGAAAUAUGUUCUGAUGGAGCUGAAAAGGUCAUUGUUGCCGUUAAGGCAUCAAAGGAAAUUCCAAAGACUGCUCUUGUUUGGUCCCUGACUCAUGUUGUGCAACCUGGCGAUUGCAUUACACUGCUAGUAGUUGUACCUUCACAGAGUUCGGGCAGAAGAUUAUGGGGUUUUCCAAGAUUUGCUGGUGAUUGUGCCAGUGGUCAUAAGAAAUCUUCUUCAGGAUCAUCAAGUUCGGAACAGAAGUGUGAUAUCACUGACUCUUGCUCUCAAAUGAUCCUUCAGCUCCAUGAUGUCUAUGAUCCUAACAAGAUAAAUGUGAAGAUUAAAAUUGUUUCUGGAUCACCAUGUGGAGCAGUGGCUGCGGAAGCCAAGAAAGCCCAAGCCAAUUGGGUCGUUUUAGACAAACAGCUCAAACAUGAAGAAAAACAAUGUAUGGAAGAGCUGCAAUGCAACAUUGUGGUCAUGAAGCGUUCACAACCUAAGGUACUCCGCUUGAAUUUGGUUGGAAAAAAAAAGAAGGAUCUUGAAGAAUUAUGUUCACUACCUUCUGAACAAGAUCAGGUGCUUGGAAAACAAACUAAGAACAAGAGUGAUUCUUUAAAUUCCUUAAAAGGUCCAGUUGUCACUCCAUCUAGCAGCCCUGAGCUAGGGACACCAUUCACUGCAACUGAAGCUGGUACUUCAUCAGUUUCAAGCUCUGAUCAAGGAACUUCGCCAUUUUUCAUCUCUGAGAUAAACAGCGAGUCCAAAAAAGAGGAAACUAUAAAAGAAAAUCCAGAACUUGAUGAUUCUAUAUCAGACACAGACAGUGAAAGCUUAUCCACUUCUUCAGCAAGCUUGAGAUUCCAGCCAUGGAUCACCGAUUUACUUCUGCAUCAACGAUCUUCUCAACCUAAGGAAGAAAGAACAGAGAGAUCUCAUAGUAGGAAUCAAUUGUCUACUACUAGAGCUUUGUUAGAAAAGUUCUCGAGACUUGAUAGAGAAGCUGAAAUUGAAAUCUCAACCUAUAAGACUGACUUGGAUUUCAGUGGGAAUGUACGAGAAGCAAUAGCGUUAUCUAGAAAUACUCCGCUUGGUCCACCUCCCUUGUGUUCAAUCUGUCAACACAAGGCUCCUGUUUUUGGAAAACCUCCAAGAUGGUUUACCUAUGCUGAAUUGGAGCUUGCCACUGGUGGAUUUUCACAAGCCAAUUUCUUGGCAGAAGGAGGAUUUGGAUCUGUUCACAGAGGUGUUCUACCAGAUGGACAAGUUGUUGCUGUGAAGCAACAUAAAUUGGCCAGUUCUCAGGGUGACCUUGAAUUCUGCUCGGAGGUAGAAGUCCUGAGCUGUGCUCAGCACCGAAAUGUUGUUAUGUUGAUUGGUUUCUGUAUAGAGGAUAAGAGAAGGCUAUUGGUUUAUGAGUACAUAUGCAAUGGAUCAUUGGAUUCUCAUUUAUAUGGGAGACAACGAAAACCAUUAGAAUGGUCUGCCCGGCAAAAAGUUGCUGUUGGAGCUGCCCGAGGGUUGCGAUAUCUUCAUGAAGAGUGCAGAGUGGGUUGCAUUAUCCACCGUGACAUGCGACCGAACAACAUUCUUAUCACUCAUGAUUUUGAACCUCUGGUUGGUGAUUUUGGACUGGCAAGGUGGCAGCCUGAUGGUGACACAGGAGUGGAAACUAGAGUGAUCGGAACAUUUGGGUAUUUGGCUCCUGAAUAUGCUCAAAGCGGCCAAAUUACUGAAAAGGCUGAUGUUUAUUCAUUUGGUGUUGUAUUAGUGGAACUUGUUACAGGGAGAAAGGCUGUGGAUCUGAAUAGGCCAAAGGGACAGCAGUGUCUUACUGAGUGGGCACGACCACUGUUAGAAGAAUAUGCCAUUGAGGAACUGAUUGAUCCAAGGUUGGGAAGUCACUAUUCGGAACAUGAGGUCUAUUGCAUGCUGCAUGCUGCCUCAUUGUGCAUAAGGAGAGAUCCUUAUUCUAGACCUCGCAUGUCACAGGUUCUGCGAAUACUGGAUGGUGACACGGUUAUGGACCCAAAUUAUAUUUCAACUCCCAGUUAUGAUGUGGGAAACCGGAGUGGUUGAUUUUUCUUUUGGCCAGAAAGGUAAAGCAAAGACAGCGCCACUACAAAAGGGGUCCCCCUGUUGUAAGAGUCACUGAAAGCUUUCUUUGGGAAGCUGAGCACAAGCCUUUGCCUAUUGGGAAAGCAACAAGUCUGUCUAAGUGGACAGACAUGUGAAGAAACUACGGUUAAAACACUUCACGACGAAGAUUACUGUCUUGUUAUGCUAAGCCUUAGUAUUUUGCAAUGUGUAGGUAGUUGUUUCUAUUUCCCUGCAAUUUGAUCUAAUGUUGCAUAUGUGUAUAGUAGUAGUGCUAAAGUAGGUUAAGUAACAUAGAAGCUUUUGAAAUUCUCCUAUGAAAAUUAUGAAGUCCUGUGUCUCAGUGACCUUGAUCAUCAGACUAUGCUCAUUAGAUGGAUCAAAAAAAGUUUUUGGUAUUGUUGGUUCAAAUCUAUCCCCAAUGCAUGUGUUUUCAUAAGCUGUGUUUUAAGAAACAAACAAACUUGGGCUGGGGCUGAGGCUGAGGCUGAGGCUGGAUGUUUCAACUGGCAACAGAAAAAGGUAGAGUAGUGGAUUUAUUUGAAGUACAAAAAGCUGAGGUGUCAUUAUAUGAAACAUGUGAAACAAAGACACCCUGGUUGGCUGAUGAUGACUGAAGGUUGAGAAUGAGAGGUUGAACGUGAUCAAGUGGCAUGUCAAAUGUUUGUUUCUGGGUUAUGUUUUGGCUUCUUGUUACAAAGGAUUACACACUUUACAAAGGAUUGCAUGUUGUAUUAAAACAACACCGGUACAAGUUUACAAAAUCCAGAGGUAUCUGUUCAUCAAGUAUGUGC